UGAUCAUUGGUCACAACCAACAUGCGGCACGCGAACGAUACACAAGCCACUCUGACUUGGCGGGGUAGGUGACAUCACCAGACUGAGCUGUCUAACACUUUUCUGUCCCCCAGGGCACAUCGUCAAUGUGUCGCACCUGCAUAUUCCCCCUUGUCGCUGGUCACGGCAAGCAAACCUGCUUUUUGGAAAGUCCGCCCUAGGACGUUUUGUGCUGGUUGCACUAUUGAGCGCUGCGUGCAUUAAAACACAGCUUCUGCCCUCUUUGGUUUGUCAACGUUGUUCUGCACAAUUUACACCUACAAACCUGUCAUCAAAUUCAUCUCUAGAACGAUAAUACCUCUAAUUUCACACAAACCACCAUUUUCCGACGACUCAGAACAACACAACCAACAUGGACUUCCUCAAGAACGUCACCGGCGAUAAGGAUGCCGCCCAGAAGCCCCAGACCGAGCAGCAGCAGACAACCAACACCGCAGCUGGCGGUGGCGGUUUCAUGGACAAGUUGAGCGGAUUCACUGGUGGCGAUCAGAAGCCUGCGACUGGAACCCAGGAGUCGUCCUCGGGAGGCUUCAUGGACAAACUGAACAGCAUGGCCGGCGGCGGCAAGGAGAGUGAGAAGAACGAGGAUGCCCUCGACAAGGGUAUCGACUGGGUUCAGGAGAACGUCAUGGGCCAAGGACAGCAGAACAACGAGAGUGCGAUUGAGCAGGCCAAGGACAAGCAGAUUGCGGGCUUCAUUAGGGACCAGUACAAGACUACUACUGGUUCUGACUUUCCCAUCAAGGAGAAGGAGACCUGAGUGGCCUUUUCUUUUUCUCUGAAUUGUUUAGGGGUGGCCCUUAGUCAUGAUUUAUGUCCGCGGAAGCCAGUGGUGCAUAUUUUAACCCGUGGCUGAUGAAACGUGUAAACAUGGGCAUCGUGAUCUUUUUUGUUAGAAAGCAAGAAAACGUCUUUCUUGCCGAAACACCAUUACGGCGUGGAAUAAACAAUUCGAUUCUUGUUUGAAAUGCCAAUUCGAUCUGCACACAAUUGCCGUGAGCUGCAACAGUACGAGUAAGGAAUUUACGGAUAGCCGUCUAUGAUUGAUGAAUUCCCUAGCUACUUAGGU